AGACGCUGAAUUGUUUUCUAGGAUUUUAACCAAUUAGAUUUUUUGUAUUCUUUAGUUUGGCUAGAAUGCUGCACAGGAAAAACUAAAGUGUCCUCAGGAAAUAAUCUGGAUCUUCUCAUUAAUUUCAUGCGGAUCCUCAAAGCUUCCUGGAGAGCCAAAUUGUUUCCUUUAAGGCACAAGUUUCCUCAAACGCCUGAAAAGUGGAUUUUAAUUUUACAUGAGUCUUUCAGUAGCUGAGUGCAGAAUAACCUUUGUGUACAUUUCUAAGUAGUUCCUGUCACCUGAUGACACUAUUACUCUCCAGUAUGAUUUUCUCAUUAAAAUAAAAAUAAAAAAACAUAGAAAUUAACACUUUAAAAAAAAAAUUCCUGUGGUUUUUAAUUCCAAAAACAAAACAUUUAAGAUGUUAGAUUUCUUUUGGUCCCCAUACUCUGACCUUCAUCUUUGAUAGGAUUAAACUCUGUAAUUUGUUUAAAAAAGUCUGGUCUAAACUAAUUAUACUGUCAUGCUAUCAUGUUAAACCAAUAAAUAAACUUCAUCCACUGCUGUCAAGUAGAUUUAAGUAGUGAUCCCCUUGCUUUAUUGUAGUUCACCUUUUGUUGUCUGUUGAUUUUUUUUAUUUAUUUAUUUUUUUUUUGCCCCUUGUUUACAGCUUAAAUACUUCAAAUUCUGAUAUGUAGUUUGGAUGUAAAUCUGCGAUGAAGUCAGAACAGAAAUCCUAAUUUUCUAGACAAAACGAGAUGUUCCUUCAUUUUAAUACAUAUUAAAGUCCUACUUGUUUGUUAAUUUUCCCAAAUACGUAUUUUGCUUUGUUUCAGAAAAACACACGUCGUUUCAGCACAUUGUUUAACAUAUCAAUCUCUUGCUUUUUUAAUAAUUAUUCUAAUAUUUGUGUUUUUGUGUUAAUCAUGACGUUAUCGGUUGUCCCGCUAUCAUUCUGAAACCUGCGUUUGUUUUCGGCUGUGAGGAUGAGACAAAAACAGCGGGGAGGCAGCGAGGAGCACGGCGAGCCGUGAAGUUCCAUAGCAGGAGCAUCAUGGCAGCCCUGUAAGGCGCGUGCGCUGUGAUUCACCCGGACCCCCAUUGUGUGUUUGUCCUGCCUUAACCCGGUGUGAAAUCCCAUCCUCCCUUUUUUUUUUUUUUUUUCUCCACCUCGUAUCUCUUAGUCAUAGCCAGCUGGUACAAAGGAAGAGGUAUUCAUCCCUUUCUGACUCCCUCCCUUUUUUUCCCUGCUGUCCCAGCUGCUCACUCUCUCUGCCCCCUCCUUUUGCUCCCCUUUCCUCCUCCUCCUCCCCCACCUCCUCAUCCUUCUUCUGUCUUAACCUCCUUUCCACUGUCAUUUUGCUGAGACGGCGAGUGUAGAAGAUGGCUCGUAGCUCAGGUGCUGGCAGCAGACUCCAGGAAGCAGCCAAGCGGGCAGCAGGACCAGACUGUUUACUCAGACAGUUUGGUGUCUUCUGGUGUAGUGGCUGAAACCACCGCUGGACCUUUAUUAAUGCACCUGUAACUGAGCUCUUAUUUUUAUAUACAUAACUGUGCAUGAGGAGGACCAAUUCAGCUGCGUGGAUGAUAAAUUCCGAGAUAUUUUUUUGUGGAAAUUUGCUGAUUUUUAAGGAGGUGAAACCGAGGAUCUCUGUGCCGCCCUAAUUGGGUUUAUCUGCACACUGUGGAAACCUUUUGAAGAGCAAAAACUGAAAGACCAGGAUCCAUCGUUCUCCUCACACACCUGUAAGGACUUCUGCAGCCAAAACAGAAGAGAAGAGGGACCAAAAUCAAGUACAGAGAAUACUUUUCUCGAUUCCAUCCCACCUGACUGGAUUAAUUGCUAGAGCGGCAGCAUGGCGCACGCCGCCUCGCAGCUGAAGAAAAGGGCUGACGAGAACCUCAACGCCGCAGAGGAGGAGAAGGAGAAGAAGAAGGCGAGGAAGCGUUCUCGAGAAGUGAAGAAAAAGCCGACGGAUGUUAACGCCUGCUAUCUGCGAGCAGCUCGAGCUGGAAACUUAGAGAAAGCUUUGGACUACCUGCAGAAUGGAGUCGACAUAAACAUCUGCAACCAGAAUGGUCUGAAUGCUCUCCAUCUGGCCUCCAAAGAGGGUCACGUGGAAGUCGUAGCUGAGCUCAUCAAGCAGGGCGCCAAUGUGGACGCAGCUACUAAGAAAGGCAACACUGCCCUCCACAUCGCUUCUCUGGCCGGACAGACUGAGGUAGUGAAGGAACUCGUCUCGAAUGGCGCCAACGUCAACGCACAGUCUCAGAAUGGCUUUACGCCGCUCUACAUGGCAGCUCAGGAGAAUCACUUGGACGUGGUGCAGCUCUUACUCGACAACGGCUCCAGUCAAAGCAUCGCCACCGAGGAUGGUUUCACACCACUGGCGGUGGCGCUGCAGCAGGGUCAUGACCAUGUGGUCUCGCUCCUCCUGGAAAACGAUACGAAGGGAAAAGUCCGCCUCCCCGCGCUGCACAUCGCUGCACGAAAAGACGACACCAAGGCAGCUGCUCUCCUCCUCCAGAAUGACCACAACGCCGACGUGGAGUCAAAGAUGAUGGUGAAUAGGACAACAGAGAGCGGGUUCACCCCCCUCCACAUCGCGGCUCACUACGGCAAUAUCAAUGUAGCAACGCUGCUGCUGAACAGAGGGGCAGCCGUGGACUUCAAAGCAAGGAAUGACAUAACACCUCUGCAUGUAGCAUCCAAACGGGGGAACAGCAACAUGGUGCGGCUGCUGCUGGAGAGGGGCUCCAAGAUUGAUGCACGCACAAAGGACGGCCUGACGCCACUCCAUUGUGCAGCCAGGAGCGGCCAUGAGCAGGUGGUGGAGAUGCUUCUGAACAGAGGGGCACCCAUCCUAUCAAAAACGAAGAAUGGCCUGUCUCCUCUUCACAUGGCGACGCAGGGUGACCACCUCAACUGCGUCCAGCUGUUGCUGCACCACGACGUGCCUGUCGAUGACGUGACCAACGACUACCUGACGGCGCUGCAUGUGGCCGCCCACUGCGGACAUUACAAAGUGGCGAAGGUCAUUGUGGACAAGAAAGCCAAUCCCAACGCUAAGGCUCUGAAUGGUUUCACUCCUCUGCAUAUCGCCUGCAAGAAAAACAGAGUCAAAGUGAUGGAGCUCCUCCUGAAGCACGGCGCCUCUAUACAGGCCGUCACAGAGUCCGGUUUGACACCAAUCCACGUUGCAGCAUUUAUGGGACACGAAAACAUAGUUCAUCAACUGAUCAACCAUGGGGCUUCACCAAAUACAAGCAAUGUGAGGGGAGAGACAGCACUCCACAUGGCGGCGCGGGCCGGACAGUCGAAUGUGGUCCAGUACCUGGUUCAGAACGGAGCGCGUGUCGACGCCAAGGCUAAGGACGACCAGACUCCGCUUCAUAUCUCCAGUCGCCUUGGGAAGCAGGACAUCGUCCAGCUGCUGCUCGCUAACGGAGCCGACCCAGACGCCACCACCAACUCCGGAUACACACCUUUACACCUGGCUGCUAGAGAGGGACACAAAGACAUAGCUGCGACUCUGCUGGAUCACGGAGCUAACCUGAGCGUUACAACAAAGAAGGGUUUUACUCCCUUACAUGUUGCAGCAAAGUAUGGGAAGAUCGAGGUGGCCAACUUGCUGCUGCAGAAGAAAGCUCCACCCGACGCUGCUGGAAAGAGUGGACUAACUCCACUGCAUGUAGCAGCACAUUAUGAUAACCAGAAGGUGGCGCUGCUUUUACUCAAUCAGGGAGCUUCACCACACUCAUCAGCUAAGAAUGGCUACACUCCUCUUCAUAUCGCAGCGAAGAAGAAUCAGAUGGAAAUAAGCACAACUUUACUGGAGUACGGCGCCCUGACAAACACAGUGACCCGACAGGGAAUCACUCCUCUACAUCUUGCGUCUCAAGAAGGCAGCGUGGACAUUGUGACGCUGCUGCUGGCCCGAGGCUCUCCCAUUAACGCCGGCAAUAAGUCGGGCUUGACUCCUCUCCACCUGGCUGCCCAGGAGGAUAAAGUCAACGUUGCAGAAGUUUUAGUAAACCACGGAGCGGUUGUAGACCCUGAGACCAAGCUGGGAUACACUCCUCUCCAUGUGGCCUGUCACUAUGGCAACAUUAAGAUGGUCAGCUUCCUCCUGAAACAUCAGGCGAAUGUCAACGCUAAAACCAAAAACGGUUACACACCUCUUCAUCAGGCCGCACAGCAGGGACACACACACAUCAUCAACUUACUUCUGCACCACGGGGCGUCACCCAAUGAGCUCACCGCUAACGGAAACAGUGCUCUGUCCAUUGCAAGAAGACUCGGCUACAUCUCUGUGGUUGAUACGCUUAAGGUGGUCACAGAUGAAACUCUAACUUCUCAGACGGUGGUAGAGAAGCACAGGAUGAACGUCCCAGAAACCAUGAAUGAAGUGCUGGACAUGUCGGAUGAAGAUGUCUUUAAAGCCAAUUUUCCUGAAAUGAUCACAGACGACUAUUUUUCUGAUGUGGAAGAAGGCGAUGAUGUCAUGACGGGGGACACGGACAAAUAUCUCGCUCCCCAGGACCUGCGGGAGUUGGGGGAUGACUCCCUGCCCCAGGAGGGUUACAUGGGCUUCAGCGUGGGUGCACGUUCACAGAGCCUGCGUUCCUUCAGUUCUGAUAGGUCCAACACGCUGAACCGGAGCUCCUUCACACGGGACAGCAUGAUGAUCGAGGAGAUGCUGGCCCCCCAUAAGGAAACGCAUCUCUCAAUGACUAAGGACGCCGACAGUGACUCUAUGAAAAGAUACAGCUGGACGCCAGACACCCUGGAUAAUGUCAACCUGGUCUCCUCGCCAAUUCACUCUGGGUUCCUCGUCAGCUUUAUGGUGGAUGCCAGAGGUGGCUCCAUGAGAGGAAGUCGCCACAACGGCAUGCGCAUCGUCAUCCCACCCAGAAAGUGCACGGCGCCCACCAGGAUCACCUGUCGACUGGUCAAGAGGCACAAACUGGCAUCGCCUCCUCCCAUGGUGGAAGGUGAAGGCUUGGCCAGCAGGCUGGUGGAGGUCGGUCCUGCAGGAGCUCAGUUUCUGGGGCCUGUCAUUGUCGAGAUACCGCACUUUGGCUCCAUGCGGGGCAAAGAGAGGGAACUGAUCCUGCUGAGAAGUGAGAAUGGAGAAAGCUGGAAGGAGCAUCUGUACGACUGCAAAACCGAGGACCUCAACCAGCUCCUCAAUGGGAUGGAUGAAGAACUGGACAGUCCUGAAGAGCUGGAGAGAAAGAGGAUCUGCCGCAUCAUCACUAAGGACUUCCCCCAGUACUUUGCUGUCAUUUCUCGAAUCAGACAAGAGACCCAUCACAUGGGGCCGGAGGGCGGGACUCUGUGCAGUCGCAGUGUGCCAUUGGUCCAAGCGUCUUUCCCUGAGGGAGCAUUAACCAAGAAGAUUAAAGUUGGAUUGCAAGCCCAGCCAAUACCCGAAGACACUGUGAAGAAGAUGAUCGGGAACCGGGCGACCUUCAGUCCAAUUGUUACGGUGGAGCCCAGAAGAAGGAAGUUCCACAAACCCAUCACCAUGACGAUCCCGAUCCCGCCCCUUUCAGGGGAGGGGUCUACCAAUGGCUACAAGGGAGACAGCACUCCCUGCCUCCGCCUCCUCUGCAGCAUUACAGGUGGUACUUCUCCAGCACAGUGGGAGGACAUCACAGGCACGACGCCCCUCACAUUUGUUGACGACUGCGUCUCCUUUACGACUAACGUCUCUGCAAGGUUCUGGUUAGCAGACUGCCACCAGACCGCAGAGACGGUGGGCCUGGCGACGCAGCUCUACCGGGAGCUGAUCUGUGUGCCCUACAUGGCCAAGUUUGUGGUGUUUGCCAAGAUGAAUGACUCGGUGGAGUCCAGCCUGAGGUGCUUCUGCAUGACCGACGACAAGGUGGACAAAACACUGGAGCAGCAGGAGAACUUUGAGGAAGUGGCCAGAAGCAAAGACAUAGAGGUCCUGGAGGGCAGACCCAUCUAUGUGGAUUGCUAUGGAAACCUAACCCCUCUGACCAAAGCUGGUCAGCAGCUAGUUCUUAACUUCUACGCCUUCAAAGAAAACCGUUUACCCUUUUGUGUCAAGGUCAGAGAUCCCAGUCAGGAGCCCUGCGGUCGCCUCACCUUCCUGAAGGAUAGCAGGACAAUAAAAGGCCUCCCCCAAACCGCCGUCUGCAACUUGAACAUCACUCUCCCAGCGGUGAAAAAGGAAAUGGAGUCAGAUGCCGAGGAUGAGACUGAAAAGCCAGACCGACGUCAAACCUUUGCAUCUCUAGCCUUACGUAAGCGCUACAGCUAUCUGGCCGAGCCUGCACUGAAAGCAGCAGUUGAGCGAAGCGCAGCAGCAAGAGCACUGCCUGCUGGUUACCCUCACAAACCUAUCUUUCCAACCAGACCUUACGCACCAUGGUCGACUGCUCCUAUUACCGUCCCUAACCAAGCCCGGUCCGCAGGAGUGGGGGGUUCCCUCGUCCCUCCCGAUUCACCGGCAGGCUCAGCAGCUGCUUCUCCACUAAAGUCUUCUUGGUCCCUCUCUGCCGCCAUACCUGCAUGCAAAGCAACUGUAAAUGGAGUUGGAGCUCCAUCGACGCCACCAAACCUAUCAUCCCCAGCUCUAUCUGUCUGUGACGUACCUUCCUUAUCCCCUGUCAGGGCGUACAGGACUGUGCCUUCACCCAUUAAAACGGUGGUCAAUCAGGGUCAGUAUCCUGUUAAGGGGUCUGCCAGCCUCGUCACCUCCGGAAGUAAACCUGCCACCGACCCUGCUUCCAUCAAGCACUUUGCUUCGGCAUACACAUCCAAAACAUCUCCUCUUCACUCUGCCUCCAGCGGAUUUUCAUCCCAAAGGUCUCCCGGUCCGUCUCCUUUAGCGUCACCUAAAAUGCCAUACAACAUAUACGACUCCAAUCUGCCUUUUAAAACUGCCACUGGGUCUACGGUUAUGACAGAGACAGCAGGUGCCACACUUUCUCCUGUGAGAAGCAUCUCCAGUCUGUCCUCUCUUAAAACAUCUGUUGAGUCAACAGUCUCGUUUCGAGGUGGACGGACGUCGAUAUCGUCUGUAUCAUCGGCAGGUCAAACAACCAUUCCACCUUCUGACUUUUCCAUCAUGAACGGAUCUGUCUCACCCGUUAAAUACCCAUCGUCCUCCUCCACACCGUCCUCCCCUUCUUCUCGUCUUCUCUCGGAGAGGAGUAGCAGCCUCCAGGAGAGGAUCCAAGCCACCACACAGGCAGCAACAUCCAGUGUCAGUGCUGCUAUCAAUGAAGCUAUAGACUCGUACUCUGUUUCAGGCUAUGGAACACUAAAAUCCUUGUCCUCCACCCAAAGAUCUGCCACAGCAAGCUCCGUUAACAGUUCUUUGAGACCUGUAGCUGCCUCUCCCAGCGCUAUAGUCUCAUCUACCACAAUGACCGUCCCUGUUUAUUCUCUGGUCAACGUCAUCCCAGAGACCCCUGGCAAAGUAGGGCCCGGCUCUUUCAAAAUGGCACUUCCUGAUUCCCCUCGAGCCUCCUCUGCCUCUACAUCCACCUGUGUGACUGGAACCAAAAUAAAGUCCCAGUUAAAAUCCCCUCCAUUCAUCACACCACCCAUCAUUCACCCAACUCCAGCUUCCAACCAAGAAAUUCUGAAGGAUGUAGCGGACAUGAAAGAAGAUCUUAUCCGAAUGACCGCCAUCCUGCAGACAGACACGCAGACAGCUGUCAAAACAGUUCAGACAUCAAAUGUGAGCACGCCUAAAGAAACUCGGUUAGAAGAUGAGGAGCCACACACUCUAGUUGAGAAGGUAAAAGAAGAUUUAGUAAAAGUCAGUGAGAUUUUACAGAAAGAUAUAAGUAAAAGCAGUGAGAAAGUCUCGGAGGAUGAGUGGGAAGAGUUUUCCAAGGACGAGCUUGAGGAGGCUCAUAGAAGUACCAUACCAGACUACCCCCCACUUUUCCUUAAACACCAGUCUGUAACAAGCAAAGAAUUAGAGUUAGCUAAAGUGGUAGAUAUGUUAACAAGUGACAUUGGUGCUAGCUCUCUGUCAAAAAUGGCAGAACUUAAAAGUAGAUUUGAGGACGAGAUGAAAAAGGAAGGGGAGGAGAAGCAAAAACGAGUCCUCAAGCCGUCUAUGUCCAUACAAGAGAACAAGCUGAAAAUGCCUCCACCCGUCUCGGGCAUGCUCAGGUCUCCCUCAGAGAAGGACCUAAGCAAGCUCGCUGAGUCGUAUCAGGAAUCGGAAACCAUACUGGAAUCCCCUGAGGACCUGUCUCACGAGCAGGAUAAGAGCCCCCUGUCAGACAGCGGGUUUGAGACGAGGAGUGAAAAAACACCCUCCGCUCCUCAAAGUGCCGAGAGCACAGGGCAGAAGCCUUUAUUCACAGAUUUACCUAUACCCCCUUGUGUAACUGAGACCAGGACGGAGGUAGUCCACAUAAGGAGCUUCGAGCAACCCGAUGAUCUUUGCGAGCCUGGACUCAUGGAGGAGGGUGCUUCUGCUCCUGCUUUCGUAGAGCCAGAAGCACCCUCUACGAAAGCUCUACAGCUGAGAAUGACAGAAGACGAUAGCAUGAUGAACAAAAGCAUGUGUCUUAAAGAAGAAACUCACAUUACCACUACAACUAGAAUGGUUUAUCACAAACCUCAGCUGACUGAUAGCUCAGACAUGAUGGAGGAAGCUAUGUCAGUUAGAGACAUCAUGAAAGCUUUUCAGUCCGGUAGGGACCCAUCUAAAGAAUUGGCUGGUCUCUUUGAGCACAAAGCAAGUCAGGAUUGUGUCAAAGGAGAUGAACUUACCCCUAGAUUUCUCGAUAGAGAUAAAUCUAAACCAAAGGUUGAGAGGAUAAUUGAGGUUCAUAUUGAAAAGGGCCACAGCACAACUGAUCCGACCGAGCUAAUUAUCAAAGAAACCAAAAAACAUCCCGAGCUUUAUGUGUACAAAGGCGAUCGGGAGUUACAAGAGCUUAUUGAGUAUGAUGAGGCCCAACAGGAAGAGGAGGAACUUACUGCAGAGGAAAACCUGCCCUCCUUCCUGGAAUCAUCUCGAGUUAAUACCCCUGUUUCCCAAGAAGAGGACAGUCGCCCAAGUUCUGCCCAACUGAUAGCAGACGAUUCUUACAAAACCCUAAAAUUACUGAGCCAGCACUCCAUAGAGUACUGCGAUGACGAGCUGUCAGAGGUUCGGGGAGAGUCGUAUAAGUUUGCAGAGAAAAUGCUUCUCUCUGAAAAAAUUGAUCUUCCAUUCCAGUCUCAGUUGGACACAGAAGAGACAGUGACAGGGUCUGACAAAAUACGCCAGCCUGUAUCUGAAAAAUCUCGUGGCACUGAGCACACAAGUCAGUAUCAAGGAAAGCCCAAACGGGAGAUGUUCUCCAAACCAUCAAAAGAUGGGUCUCCCAAGUCCAGUAAAUUCCUUCCCAAGGAAGAACCACCUCAGUUAGACAAGGUGACAGUGCUGCACUAUUCCACUGAGCCGGGUAGCCCCAAGCAUGCAGUUUGGAUGCGAUUUACAGAGGAUAAACAUGACAGGAGCAGGGAUAAGCUGCUUUAUGAGGAUAGGGUUGAUCAAACUGUAAAGGAAGCUGAAGAAAAACUAAGUGAGGUAUCACAGUUCUUCCGUGAUAAAACAGAGAAGCUAAAUGAUGAGUUGCAGUCCCCAGAAAAGAAGCCAAUUAGACGCGAUCCUAGAUCUUGGCCUUCCUCCCCCUAUAGCAGCCCAGAGAAAAUCCAAAAGAAACCUAAAGCUGUAGAAGAGGAGUUAAGUAAGAGCAAACUCAAAGAACCUUCUGGUAGUAAGAUGUUUGGCAGCUCCUCAAUAGCAGAGAAAAAAAGUUCUAGCUUACCGAGCAGUCCUCAGAAAAGUUUUUUCUCUAGCACCAAUGAAAGCAAAAUCAAACAACACCCUAAAGCCACUGAGUCAGAACCCUCUUCACCUGCUCAUGUAACUUCAACAUCCAAAGUCAGUGCUGUGAGGAUGAAAUUUGAGUCGGCCGCUCAAAAGGUCAAUCAAAAUCAACCAAGUUCGACCAAAACUCCUCCACCAGUACAACCGAAACCAUCAGUAAAGAAAAUACAAGAGAGCAAACUUCCCGUUUACCAGUCAAGUGGCGCAGGAAAAGCAGCAUUUGAAAAGUCAGAAAAUAAAACCUCUGAGAAAAUUUUUAAAGAAGACAUCAAAUACAGUAAACCCUCAACUACAACAGCUUCUAAAAUCCCUAAAGUAGACAAGCCUUUUCAGAAAAACUUAACAGAGACUCCUGAACAAAUUGGGAAACAUGAGACAGAAAAAACAGCCAGUACAGAUAAAGAUAAUCAGUCCAGUGCUAUCCAGGAAGUCAGUAAAGACCAUAAAGUUCAGUUGUCUAAAGUUCUUUAUAGCAGUGAUACAAAAAAUCAGCAAACCACAAAAACAUUGUCUUCUUUAAAAGAAACUAAACCAGAUUUGACCUCAAAAGAUGCAGAAGAGCCCUUAAAUAAAAACCUCAAAAAGAAGACAGAGUCCCAAAUUCCAGUAAGAACAUCACCCAUUAGUUUAGACAAUGAAUUAACAAAGAAGCAAAUUAAACCCACACAGAUACCCACUCUGUCAAAAACCAAAAGUCUUGAGAUAACACCAGAAAAAACUGAUCUGACUAUUGAAAUUCUAGACAACGCUCCAAAAGAUGCUAACUCCAAUAACCUCUCAGGUCUCAAAGAAACAGUGGAGAAAGGUAUGUCUCCUCCGACUCCUUUAACAACUAAAGAGAACUUCAAGGGCCUGAAAACAUUACCUGUCUAUGUCCAGGUUGGACGACAGGCAGAAAGAGAGGCCAAGGGAGCAGUGUUUUCUGUAAAACAGAGCUCAAACUUUGUGCUCAGUCCAACAAGUCCAGAUGAUGACACGCUAGAACAGGUGUCUUUCAUAGACAGCUCAGGUAAAAGUCCCAUUACACCUGAGACCCCCAGCUCUGAGGAGGUAAGCUAUGACCUCACCUGCAAGACUCCCGAUGGCUUUAUGGGAUUUAUUCAAGGGCAACCUAGUCCCAUCAUAGAGUUACCGGAAGAAUCAGAGGAAUGUGACCAAAGCCCAGAGAUUUCCUCCAUCAGAGAAGCUCCUCCAAAGGGUCAAACCGAUGACCUAGUUACCCAAGCAGAUAUUGUAAAUGCAAAUAAGGACACACUUGUUAAUCAAAAUGCGUUCCAUGAUAAUUUCAGUCAGCAAGAAGCGACAAAUGAGGGCAAUGAAAUUCAAAAACCAGAGCAGGGGCAGCAGGACAUUUCAAAAAAUAAGGGUAUAGCUUAUAUUGAGUUUCCUCCCCCUCCCCCGCUUGACUCAGCGUCAGAUAUUUCCGACCCAGAGAGAAAGGGUUCCUGUGGUUCCUCUGAGACUGAAACUGAAAUGAUGGAGGUAAACUUGCAAGAAGAACAUGACAAGCAUCUGCUCGUCGAGCCUAUCAUACGCAUACAGCCCCCGUCCCCAGUGCCCCAAGAGGGGGAUGACAGUCAGUCAAAUGCAGACGACGCAGAAGAUGAUGAGUCAAUCUUCCAACCAAUUCCAUGUAAGAAAUUCUCUUUUAAAGUGCCUGAGGACGAGGAGGAGAAGAAGAUAGCUAAGGACAAGGCACCUAAAUCCAAAAAGCACGACAAAAACGGAAACAAUAAGGAACAUAAUGGGACCAAUGGAUCUAGCAACGGCUCCAAAGGUUCAAAUGGAAAAGGAGAGGACUGUGAAUAUGAACAGAAUGGAAACGACCAGUCAAUAACAGACUGUUCAAUAGCCACAACAGCGGAAUUUUCUCACGACACUGAUGCAACAGAGAUAGACUCUUUAGAUGGAUAUGAACUUCAGGAUGAGGAUGAUGGCCUGUGUGAACAGGCAGAUUUACGCCUGUUUGGCCUCCCAGACAGUCGAAGAGAUGUCUGGGCGACAGAUACCUUCAGAUCCUCUGACCGUCCUUUCCCCCAGACUAAACUGGAAGUCAUUGAAGAGGAGAAAACCCCAGAGGAAUGUCAGAAGGAUGCUUUGAAAAAAGACAUUUCCUCAAACACUGGAAAGCCUGAUGGAGUAAGUGAUGAUGGCGAUAAAAGCCAGGAGCAAAAGCAAUCAGGCAAAGAUGGAUUUUCAGACACUUACUUUAGUUAUAAAUUAGAUGAGGAGUUUAACUCUCCUUUCAAGACUGUGGCCACCAAGGGGCUGGACUUUGACCCCUGGCCCAGUAAAGGUGGGGAAGGAGAAGUUGUUGACAUGGGAGGGGCGCAAGGAAACAAUGGUGAUCCUAAACCUUUUGGACUGGCAGUUGAUGACCAAUCUCAGGCUACAACUACAGACACCACCCCGGCUAGAACUCCCACGGAUGAAAGCACGCCAACGAGCGAGCAAAACCCAUUUCCCUUCCAUGAAGGGAAGAUGUUUGAGAUGACACGCAGUGGUGCGAUUGACAUGAGCAAGAGGGACAUGAUGGAAGAGAGGCUUCAGUUUUUUCAGAUUGGUGAGCAUUGUUACUACUCAGCAGGCCGGUACAGAGUCCAGGACUCAGUGGUAGAUCUCACAUCACACCACAGAUAUCAGAUUGACAACCAGUAUACUUUGUCUUCUCCUCAAAUUCCUAUUCAGACCACCACUGUAGAAAUAUCCAAUGCGGCUAAUGGCUGCAGCUCGUUUAAAGCAUCAGACGCUGAGCCCAAAUUUACCACAUUUAGAACCGGAUUCAAACUGUCAUCUGAUACAGCCUCAGAUCCUUCAAUUAGUACUCCUAAGCACAAAGGCACCUUUGACUUUUGUAGUGACAAAACCUCAGGAACAGCUGUAAAUAAUGUUGAUUGUGUAACCACAAACUAUGCAGAUUAUUGUACUUUUAAUACUUCAAGUAUGACAGAUAAUCCCUUCAGUACUAGACCAUCAUUUGUCAUGUAUUAUAGUGUGAAUGAUGGCGCUUGUUCAGAUACAAUCCAGAGGGAGCAUUUGGGUCAAAAUGUUGAAGACCAAAACAGUUUGUACAGAAGCCAUGAUACAUUUUCUGCAACUUCGCAGGAACUUUCACAAACUCAGAAUAGCAAUACCAUUAGCCAUAUCACAAAUUCUCAUUCUGAUCACUUUCAAGCAAGAAGUUUGGAGUUUACCUUAUCUUUAGAACCUAGACGGACGGAUAGCAUAAAUGUAUCCUCCAAUCAGUUGGCGACUACCGGCACUGAGAAUAAUGAGUUUUCUGAGGUAGCAAUAACAGAAACAGGAAUCCAAGAAGUUAAGGGCCAUAAAUUCAAAUCUAAGUUACCUGUAAGGGUGGCUAACCAAAAACUAUGCACUAAUCGUCAGAAACCAGUAGUGGAAGGAAUGGGGAGAAAAAAGUUUGAAACAUUUCCAGUCAAGACACAAGAAAGGGAAACAUCGAAAAGUGUCUUGGGUUUUGUUUCUAGAUCUAGAAUCCCAGUCAUGAAAGCCAUUAAAUAUUCUUGUUUGCAUGAGCAGAAGUCUGAUAGGACAAGCAGAUCUAGCACUGAGCGCAGUUCAACAAAGACUCCCUCCAAAAGUACAAUUGACAAAAGGAGAAAAAACAAGGCAGUGCCCUCCACGAAUGUCAUUGGACCAUUUCUUAGUAGCCAGAUAGUCAACGGUUUGGGCAAAACAUUUCCCAAGAAGUCUGAAAGAAGGUUAGAGGGGGAAACUCUGCCCACUGAUGGCAAGGACAGCUGCACCACAAGGAACCUUUCAAAACCAUCUAGAGCUUCUACAAGGUCCCGCUCUGCCCGCACCUCUACCUCCACCUGCACCAGCACCUCCACCUCAUCAGCACCGCCCGCUAGAGCUGUGAGAGCUGAGUUUGAGCAGGCCAGCAGUGGCAGGAUGGGAGCAAGCAGAAGGAAGAUUAGGCGGACACUUGGAGGGAAGGAACGAGAGCACAAGGAGGAAGGGAGUCAGUUUGAUCAACCAAUUGCGGCUUCUGUGACGGAGCACGAGACUAGCCCUCAGAGCCCCUGUGAAAGGACUAACGUCCGCAUGGCCAUAGUAGCUGAGCACCUCGGCCUCAGUUGGACUGAGCUGGCCAGGGAGCUGAAUUUCUCUGUGGAAGAAAUCAACUCCAUCAGAGUGGAAAAUCCAAACUCCCUGACAGCACAAAGCUUCAUGCUUAUAAAGAAAUGGGUGCACAGGGAUGGUAAAAAUGCCACAACGGACGUUUUAACCACCGUGCUGACUAAGAUCAAUCGCUUGGAUAUUGUGACUUUGCUGGAAGGGCCCAUAUUUGACUACGGUAACAUUUCAGGCACUCGCUGCUUUGCCGAUGAUAACCCAGUAUUCCCGGAUCAGUCCGAUGGGUACCACAGUAUAGAUCUGGAACUGCAGACCCCCACAGAGCUCAACUUUGUGCCCCCCACCCCUCUGCGCUGUGACGAUUUCUUUAGCGACGGCGACACUAGCUUAGAGUCCCCGAGCAAGACCCCGCUCACCAGGCCCAGCGACCUUUCGCUCGCUCAGACCACUAGCACCUCCAGCAGCGACCCGCCCACUGUGGCCCCAGGCCCCGCCUCCAACGCCAAGAAGCCUCCUAUUGUCGGGCCUGAAGACACAACUUUGCAAGACGCAGGAAAUCCUCUGGAGAGGCCGGAUAAUAACAGACUGACGACGAAGCAACGAAAGAUGGAUAAAGACCCGACCACGGCGCAGGCUGCUCCUGAAAUCAAGGAGAACGCAGGAAAUGGAAAAGAAGAGGAAGAGGAGGAGGAGGAGAUGACCCAGGACAGGCUGCGGAGUCUGCUGCAGGAUAUUCAGCUGGAAGGAGGCGUGGAGGAAGAGGAGAUGACAGAGGAGAAGGUGCAUGCGAUUCUUGAGCAAGUGCGGCAGGCAGAGAAAGACCUGUCUUCAGUUGCAGGCUGGACAGGUGAGACGUCUGGCGCCUUCGGGGAGUCGGCAGCUGUGAGCCACAACGGCGACGGCGAGGAGGGCAGCCCCGAGAAACCAGCUGAUCCUCUGGAGCGGCCGGCAGCUCAAAACGGACGUCACUCCCAGGAGGCCAAGGAAGGGCGGGGAAAGGAGGUGACGGGGGAGGGGCUUCAGGACGACAGCAGCUCAGCGGGACCCAGCAGGACGGAAGCAGACAGGUCCCAGCACCAAGUCCAGGGGAAUGUGAUAGCAGAAGAGUCUGAUGAAGACGCUACCAUCACCACCACGGUGUACCGCCGACGGGUCAUUCUCAAGGGAGAGGAGGCCAGAAACAUUCCCGAGGACUCUGUGACAGAGGAGCAGUUCACAGACGAAGACGGGAAUCUAGUCACCAGAAAAGUGAUCAGGAAAGUGGUGCGUCGGGUUUUCAACUCUCAGGAAAGGAAGGAGGGCGAGAUAACAGAGCAAGAGGGUGUUGGUGUUGGUGGAGCAGCAGGUGGAGGGGAAGCUGCCGGGACAGCAGCAAAAAGCUCAGGAGGGAAGGGCAAGAAAAGAGUGAAGCGCUCCCGACACGGCCACAAGGAGGAGGCACAGAGAGGGAAAGCUGAGUCGGGAGUCAGCGGCAGCAAAAAGCAGGAGAAGAAGUUGUAGCAGCAAAAAUGCCAACCAAAUAUGGUCCACAUUUGCAACCCAACAAACAUCACGGGGUAAAUCCAGAGCUCACAGAUCCAGAGGCGCGCCGUGUCAAUCAGCCUAAACGUGUCUGAAGCUUUCACUUUUCAACGCAUGGUUUUCAGCAUGAGCAUGUUUCCAAACUCACUCACUGUCAGACACACGGCGGAGGGCCGUGCACGGACGUGAGCUCCCUGCUGCCCCAGGCCGAGGGGCCAAAGACUCAGAAGAACUGCGGAGAGAACAGACUUUUUUUUUGUUUUCUCCUUCUUUGCAGUAUUGGGGUGCACCACGUGGUUCUUUUAUAUUAACAGAUGAACUAUAGUAGUAAAUGGGUGAUUUUUGUUGUAUAUAAAUGACACUAUAUGAAAUGGAAAAAAAAAAAAAUCAGCAGCUCCACGAAUGGUUUAUGCACUGAUUUGAAUUACUGGCGCUUGGCAGAUUCUGUGCAUUUUUUAGAGGCAGUUUGAGCAGCUUUGAGUUUGAACUGACGUGCUCUUCCUACAAAUUAAUAAAGAAAACAAAAAAAUAAACAAAUAAAACAUGCAGUAUGGGAAUGAAAUGGAGGAAACUUGGAUUUUAAAGCCAAACAGCACCUCUGCUGUGACUGUGGAUAUUUUACAGCAUGUGAUGACACUUUAUUUUGAAAUGCUUCCCUUUUUUUCUAAUUCAAAGCACUGAUAGCAGGGGAUUGACUGUACGUGUGUGUGUGUGUGUGUGUGUGUGUAGGUGUGUGUGUUCACCCAAUAAUCCAAACUUUUAGUUAAAAGAAUACAAAAUAACACUCCACCAAUCAUGUUAAAAGACUGCGAAACUUUUCCAGCAUCCACGAUGUAACCUGUAAACUGCCAUGUUAUGUUACUCCGACAUGCUAGCAUCCCUGAGUGAAUGUUAGCUGUGAUGUUUGGAUUCAUAAAACUUUGUCUAUCUGUACACCAUCCUGCGUACUCAAAGCGUUCAAAUCUACUGUGGUUUUUACAAAGGGGACUCUUUGAUUUUAUCUUGUUUAAUUGUUCAAAACCCCAUUUUUAAGCCCAAAUCACCCACUUUUAAUUCUUUGUAAAAUGACUCAAAUCAUUCUUUAGAUCUCUUUUUUUUCCUUUUUUUUUUUUUUUCUUUUGAAUCCAUCCACUGCUGAUGACAGUUCUGGUACCAACAUGUAUGACGAACCUUCAUAGCCUACACUGGAUUAUCCGAGUAAUUAUUUAAACUGAAAAAUAAAUUGUGUUUAAAACAAAA